AUGUAUGUUGAACACCUGAUUCCUGCGAAUGGCGUUGAACAACCCUAUCCUUUGAUUCUGAUCCAUGGAAAAGGUAUGACAGGCACCAACUGGCUCAACACACCCGAUGGGAGACCGGGCUGGGCUUCAUACUUUCUUGAACAAGGCUACGAGAUCUAUAUUGUUGAUCAACCUGCUCGUGGUCGAUCGAUGUGGCUCCCCAACUUCGAUGCUCCCUUGAGUGCAUUCCCAGUUGAGAUUAUCGAAGAACGUUUCACAGCUACUGCAUUUUACAAUCUCUGGCCUCAGGCGACGUUGCAUACUCAAUGGCCUGGUGAGAAUGAUACUAGCAAGGGUCGCCAAGGUGAUUCAGUAUUUGAUGCCUUCUAUGCCUCCAUCACAGAAUUCAUUGCGAGCGAGAACGACACUCAGAUCAAGAUGCAAAAGGCUGGUGCAGUAUUAUUGGACAAGAUUGGCGCCGCUGUGGUGCUGACACAUUCACAAAGCGGGAGUUGUGGGUGGUUGAUUGCCGAUGCAAGACCGGAUCUCGUCAAGGGCAUUGUGGCGAUCGAACCAGUAGGUCCUCCUUUUAGAGACAGUGUCUUCAAACAUGGCUCGAUUCGUCCUUGGGGAUUAACCGAUAUCCCAUUGACGUAUAAUCCCGCUGCUAACACCUCUUUCGACCUGUUAACCGUUGAAGUCCCAGCAACAAGUGAGAAUCUCACUUCUUGCAUCGUCCAGCGAGAACCUGCCCGUAUUCUUUUCAAUCUCAUUCGAAUUCCUGUUUUAAUCGAGACCUCCGAGUCAUCUUACCACGCUGUCUACGAUCAUUGCACGGUCGACUUCCUUCGGCAAGCGGGUGUGAAAGUUGACUUUAUUCGACUUGAAGACAUUGGGAUCUAUGGAAAUGGUCACAUGCAGAUGAUGGAGAAAAAUAAUUUACUCAUUGCUGAAGCUCUUCAUCAGUGGAUGAUGCGUAAUAUCAAAUGA